CAUUGACUUGAAUCUGUACUAGCUAGCUGCCCCCUAGUUCCAUCUCCUGAUGUGCGUUUCAAACCCACUAGAUUCUGUCUGAUUAAUAUUUGUCGUUUUUUAAUUUUUUUUAAUUUUUGAUUAAGUGCAGGGUAUGCUUAAUUAUCACCAUGUUCUUAAUUGGCCAGUUGAUAUUUGUUACUUAGUGUUUCAAAAGCAGAAGAAAGAGAUUAUCGAAAAAGGUUUCAGGAAAAUCUAUCAGAGAUGGGUUCUGGUUUUUCUUCCUGGUGCUUCACUCUUUGCCUUCUGCUUGCUGCUUUAAUGUGUGCUCAAGACAGUAACGCCAGGAGGGUUACAAAAGGGGAAGGAGAUGAUAGAAAUAAAUAUGAUCCUUUAUCAGAAGCAAGCGAUGGACACGAUCAAUGGAUCAAUGGCGGACAUCAUGCAAAAACAUCCCACGUCGAUCAUAUGGAUCCUUCAGUUCAUAUUUUUUUCACCAUAGAUAAUCUAAAGAUUGGAAAAUCACUCCCCAUAUACUUCUCCUACAAAAACUCUACAAAAUCUUAUCUACUAUCCAGAGAAGAAGCCAAUUCCAUUCCUUUCUCUUCACAAAAAUUACCUUAUCUUCUUGAAUUAUUCUCCUUCUCCAAAGACUCUCCGCAAGCCAAAGCCAUGGAGUACACACUUGAACAUUGUGAACGUGAACCCAUCAAAGGAGAGACCAGGUUCUGUGCUACCUCCCUGGAAUCGAUGCUCGAUUCCGCACGUGGCUUCUUCGGAUUGGAUACCAACUUCAAAAUUUUAACCACUUCAUCUCUCACAAAGCUAACUCCUUUACAGAACUAUACAAUCUUGGAAGUGCCGCAAGAAAUCUUUGCUCCAAAAUUUAUAGCAUGUCAUUCUUUGCCUUACCUUUAUGCAGUUUUCUACUGCCAUGGACAAGAGAGUAAAAACAGGCUAUUCCAGAUAUCACUGGGUGGUGAAAAUGGAGAGAAGGUCGAAGCUGUUGCCGUUUGUCACAUGGACACCUCGCUGUGGGAUGCCGAUCAUGUGUCAUUUCGUGUGCUCAAAAUCAAGCCUGGGGAUUCUCCUGUUUGCCAUUUCUUUCCUUUAGAUAAUUUAGUUUGGGUCCCUUUCCCUGCUUAAUUUAACCAAUUUAAAAUUACUGUGUGUAGUACUGUAGUUUGUGUCUACUGAAAAUGCUUAUCACUGUAAUAUAAUGUUUUCAUCAGAUAGUAGUUAGUAUCUACUGCAAACAUAUAUAAUUAAAUAAAGACCUCU